AAAGUAGUUUCAUAAUUUCGUCUGAUAGAGCAGACUGCUGAGAAAGAAAUGGAACCUGGAAAGACGGUAAAAGCUGCCGGAGGGAGAAAAGGGUCGGCGAAGCGAAAACCAAUUUCUAAGUCCGUGAGGGCUGGGCUUCAAUUUCCCGUAGGAAGGGUAGCGAGGUUUUUGAAGAAAGGUAGAUAUGCUGAGAGGCUUGGCAAUGGUGCUCCUAUUUACUUGGCUGCCGUUCUUGAGUAUUUGGCUGCUGAGGCGCUUGAACUCGCCGGAAACGCAGCUCGGGACAACAAGAAGACCCGUAUUAUUCCAACUCAUGUUCUGCUGGCAGUAAGGAACGACGAGGAGCUUGGGAAAUUAUUGGCUGGUGUGACGAUUGUUCAUGGUGGUGUCCUGCCCAACAUUCAUCAAGUUCUGUUGCCCAAGAGGACCGAAAAAUCUGGAAGUGCUGCAGGAGAGACCAAGACCAAGUCACCGAAGAAGGCGUGAACCUAACUCAGAAGAACCCAAUAGAGCUUUGUGUUGGUUUUUAAAUCUGCUCUCUGACGGGGGAGUAGAUUUAAUUUUUGUGUGUAAAAAAUGGUGCUGAUCUAACUCUUUCAGAGAGUGAUUAGACGAAGUUACAGUGAGGAGGGGGGAACUGUUAUUUGGUGCCAAAUUUAUAGAUUUCAAUAGUUUUUUUUUUCGGUGUCGAAGAGCCAAGUCUGAACUUCUUGUAGGCCUCCUUUACAUAUCCUGAUAUCCAAAUACAAUGAAAUUUCACCUUAUCCAUGCA